GAGAAGGUAGGAAAUUUCAAAGUUUCUAUAACCUUGUGAACCUAAUUAUAGAAAUUGCAUCAAGUCUAUACCGGAGAUGCGAGGAAAAGCUUAUUUUCAUAAAACUUGUCAUCAAGGAUGGCUAAUUGUUAUUGGUAAUGUUGAUAAUACUCAUCAAUAUUCUGUGGCUAACUCAAAUUUAGAUAAUUGUUUCUUGUGGAAUCCUGUAUCAUCCGAAACUAUUCAAUUACCUAACCUCGAUCGUCAGUCUUUUAGUACCGAAUCAAAAAAAUACUUUAUGUUCGACUUAGUAUUAUCCUCACCGCCUAUUACAUGUACUUAUAAUUCUGACACUGAUGGCUGCACAGUAUUCAUCAUUUUUAAAGGUAUGAGUGAUUUAGGUGUUAGUCAAGAUAAGCACAUUCUAGUUUUCUAUAGACCAGGGGACAAACAAUGGAGAACAGUAGAAUUGGAUAUCCAGAGAGACCGGAGAGACGAUCAUUCAAAAUGUAUCGAUUCUCUGCUUUGCUUUCAAGGUAAGUUAUAUGCAUUCAGUUUUGAAAAUUGGGUUAUAGAGAUCGAAAUACGAAAAUUAUGGCAUCAUGUUGUCAUCAGUAAAAACCCAAUUUCUUAGAAAAUUCAAGGUAGAGGAAGCCGAUUUACCACUAAUAGGCGGAGGAGAGGAGAUGGACUUCGGUCUUUACAUGGAAGAUUGGCUUGAAUCUGGUAAUGAAAUCUUCAAAGUUUAUUUAAAUUGCAGCCCAAGAGGUUUUAGAAAAGUUGCCUCGACACGUAUCUUCAAGUUGGAUUUCUCAUCAAUGACUUGGGUUUUGUUGAAGUCUUUGGGUGAUCAUGUUCUCUUUAUGUGCACAAACAAGGAGGCGGUAGACUUGUACUCUAGUAAGUGUUAUUCAACGUCAAGUGCAUCUUGCUCAGUAGCUGAUAUGGGACUGGAAAGAGGUUGUUUGUUCUAUACACUACCUGAAGAUCAAACCUUGUAUGUAUAUGAAGUAGAAGAUAGUGGUACUACCACUAUCUUGCCGUGUUUGCACCUUCCAACGCCAUGGUUUCAACCUACUUGGAUGAUGAUGCCCACCACAGUGGACAGGCAUGUUCCUGGAAAAAGGAUAAGCAUACCAGAUCUUCUAGUAAGCCAGGAUACAACGGCAACCAGUAUAGGAAAGGAGAAUAUGAGCAGGCUAAAUGAUACAGUAGGAGAAUUAGAAGCGGUAAAACAGUGGGAUUUUCUUAAUGAUUAUGACAGUACAGAGGAGAUAGCGAGCUUUCUCCAUCCAGUGGAUUACGUUCAUUUUCGUAUAGCCUGUAAACAGAAUUCAAUAUUUUUCCCUGCAUUGAACCAAAUAUCGGCUUCUACGAGGACCACAGCAACUACAUAUUUAUCUCCAUGGCUGAUUUGUAGUCGUUUAUUUCCCAGAUUUAAUCUUGCCUUUUUGUUCUAAAGGUCUAAAAUUUCAUCGUUUUUCUCGGCCAUUUGGAUUUACCGAUCGAAAACUGUCGAAUUUCAAAUUUUGAUAUGGUCCUUAUUAGGAGUCCACUUUUUUUUCUAUUGUCAGAUUAUGUGAAAGUC